UUCACCACAAAACAGUCAUCUCUGUACGUUACCCCAAUCGGUAACACGAACAAAGGGAACUAUAUAAUUUUCACCGACCGAAUAAUAUUCGAAAGCAUUUCACCGUUUCUGUUUCGUUGUUUUGUGUGAUUUAAAUUUCGAGGUUUUUGCGGGUUUCCUUCCUUUUACGAAUCGUAAAUUUUAUGUCAACAAUUUUAUGGGCUAUUUGUAACUCGUAUAUAUUUGCCAUAAACACGUUAAAGGAAGGUUGCUUUUAAGUGAGCGUGAAUAAAUAUCAACAUCGAACGUGUGAUUUGAUAAACAGUUUGUUUUUCUUUUUAUUAAUUGAAUUGUUAAUAAUAAUCGUUGGACCAUUUAUAUAUAUUAUUACAAUUAAGAGACCAUUUAAUUAGCCACCACUAAUACACCCCAUCGAAAUGAAUGUGAUUAAGUCUGAACUAUCCGAUGAGAAGCCUCAUUUUUGUGCAAAGUGUGAUAAACAAAUAUGUGACCGGUAUUUCUUGAAAGCGUUAAAUCUGUUCUGGCAUGAAGACUGUUUGAAAUGCGGUUGUUGUGAUUGUCGUUUGGUUGAUGUAGGCUCAUCACUGUAUACGAGAGAAAAUUUUUUAUUAUGCAAGAGUGACUACAUGAGGCUGUACGGCAACACCGGUCUAUGUUCGGCUUGUAAUAAGUUAAUUCCAGCUUUUGAAAUGGUUAUGCGAGCGAAACGAAACGUUUAUCAUCUGGAGUGUUUUGCAUGUCAACAGUGUUCACACAGAUUUUGCGUUGGCGACCGAUUCUAUCUGUGUGAAAAUAAGAUUCUCUGCGAAAAUGACUACGAAGAACGACUACAGUAUUUCGCUGCAACCAAUACCAAUCAAUCGACCAACAAUGCCAGCAACAACGAAACGAAAAACAAAUUCAAUGACUGUUCACCUACUACCAAUUUAAAUAAUUUAAAAUCAUUGAACGAUGGCAACAGCAAAAAUGCAAGAGAAUUCAAUGGAUUCGGCAAGGAGUUUACUGGCUUCGCAAUCCGACGACAAGCGGAAGUUCCAAUCAUUGUUAGAUAAUUUAAAAGUUAAUGUGAAACAUAUUUUUCUAUGUAGAUCAAAUUAACGCAAAUUUAGGGCAUAAUUAUUGGCAUCUUUUUCAUUUAUAUAUAUUUUGUUUACAUUCUACUGUUGGUUUUGUUACGGUUGUAUCGCUUUGACGGCAUUUACGUAGGUAUUCUUUUAUCAAAAUCAUUUCUGAACAAAUAAAUAAUCUUUGAUAAAAAUUAAACCGAUAAUUGUAUCCAUUGGAAGCAUUUGCUAAGUGACAAACAUUGGAGAAUCAGAGUCCAUUGUUUAUCCACUGUUCUACAGCCUUGAACGUCCUUUUUGACAUAUUUAACAUUCUUCUCUGCUUCAUAUACAUACCUCUAUCUUAUACCGAAUUUUACAAAACAUCUUCGAACAUUUUGGGGUGGCAUAUUAUAUACAUAUAUACCCUAUAUAGCGUCGCUCUUGUGUUGUGCUAUGUUAACAACGUACAAAAUAUCCAAAACUCCGUAAGAUGAAAAUUUGUAUAAUCAUAAUUGCUGGGGAGCGUUUAAUGUUAAAAAGGG